AUGUCUACGACAACAUCACCUUCUGCUAUUUCAGGAUCUAACAAUGUUCCCGAUCCCAAUUCCAAGAGCGCAGCGAAGAAAGAGGCGAAGAGAUUAGAAAAGGAAGCUAAGCUAGCUGCUAAAGCUGUGAAGAAUCCUACCGCUGUCGCUACAGGAGGGGUGAAGAAGGCCAAGGUGGAAAAGGAGAAGAAGGAGGAAGAGUCUCCGUUCGUGAACACCACGCCAAAAGGCAAAAAGAAAGAUCUCUCACAACCCAUGGCCAAUAGCUAUAAUCCAAUCGCUGUUGAAUCUGCAUGGUACGACUGGUGGAAUGCCCAAGGUUUCUUCUCUCCCAGAUUCACUACAGAAGGAAACGUUCGUCCGGAGGGGCUUUUCGUGAUUCCAGCACCUCCCCCAAAUGUUACCGGAAGUCUACACAUAGGACACGCUUUGACAACCGCCAUCCAAGACGGAUUAGUGCGAUGGAACCGUAUGUUGGGGAAGACAACCCUGUUCGUCCCCGGAUUCGAUCACGCGGGUAUAUCCACUCAAUCUGUGGUUGAAAAGCGACUCUUCAAGUCGUCAGGCAAAACUCGACAUGAUCUCGGCCGUGAAAAGUUUCUGGAGACUGUCAUGGAUUGGAAGAAUGAAUAUCAGACUCGUAUCACAGAUCAGCUCACACGGCUGGGUGGUAGUUAUGAUUGGGAUCGUGUCGCUUUCACAAUGAAUCCUUCUCUUUCUAAAGCUGUGAUAGAAAACUUCUGUCGACUACAUGAAGAUGGUAUUCUUUAUCGAGCAAAUCGCCUUGUCAACUGGUGUGUGCGCCUCAAUACCACACUGUCUAAUCUCGAAGUCGACCAAAAACAGCUUUCCGGCCGCACAUUACUCAACGUUCCAGGUUACGAUGCAAAAGAAAAAUUCGAAUUCGGGGUGAUCACUAGCUUUGCCUACCCCAUAGAAGGCUCCGAUGAAAUGCUCAUUGUUGCCACCACUCGUCCAGAAACCAUGCUUGGUGAUACUGCUAUUGCAGUCCACCCCGAUGAUAUGCGUUACAAGAGUCUUCACGGAAAAUUCGCAGUGCAUCCUUUUGUUGACCGCCGUAUACCUAUUAUUGCCGACUCCAUGGUGGACAUGGAAUUCGGUACUGGUGCUGUAAAAAUCACCCCUGCCCACGAUCCUAAUGAUUAUGAAGUUGGUCAACGCCACCAGCUCCAAUUCAUCAACAUUCUAAAUGAUGAUGGGACGUUCAACUCCAAUGCAGGUGAAAGCUUCAAGGGUAUGAAAAGGUUCCAUGCUCGUGUGGCUAUUGUAAAAGCACUUCAGGAGAAAGGAUUGUACAUCGAAGCAAAAGACAACCCCAUGCAAAUCCCUGUUUGCAGUAAAUCUGGCGAUAUCAUUGAGCCCAUUCUUAAGCCUCAAUGGUGGGUCAAUUGUAAACCUUUAGCUGAGGAAGCUAUCAAGCGUACGAAGGCAGGGGAGCUUGAGAUUAACCCCAAACAAUCCGAAAACGAAUGGUAUCGUUGGCUAGAGGGUAUACAAGACUGGUGUGUAUCACGACAACUUUGGUGGGGUCAUCGGUGUCCGGCGUAUUUCGUUGACAUCGAAGGUCGAGAACAGAACCGGAGUGAUGGGGAUUAUUGGGUUGUGGGACGGGACCUUGAACAGGCAACAGAACGUGCGGUGGCUCUCGCUGGCGGUGCGAAAUUCACUCUACACCAAGAUGAAGAUGUGCUCGACACGUGGUUCUCGUCUGGCCUCUGGCCAUUCUCGAUUUUAGGCUGGCCUGAUAAUACCCCCGAUUUCAAAACAUUCUACCCUACCUCGUUGCUCGAAACAGGAUGGGAUAUCCUAUUUUUCUGGGUUGCUCGCAUGGUUAUGCUUGGAAUCAAGCUCACAGGACAGAUGCCCUUUAAGGAGGUCUACUGUCAUGCCAUGAUUCGAGAUGCCCACGGAAGGAAAAUGAGCAAGUCUCUUGGGAAUGUCAUCGAUCCAAUUGACGUGAUUCAAGGACUACCACUUGAAGCUUUGCAUGAGAAGCUGCAUGAGGGUAAUCUGGAUGAGAAGGAGAUUGCGAAAGCCAAAGCCGGGCAGAAGAAGGACUUUCCGAAGGGUAUACCACAGUGCGGUACUGACGCGCUGAGGUUUGCACUCUGUGCGUAUUCUGGAGGAGGUCGAGAUAUCAAUCUUGAAAUUCUUCGUGUAGAAGGUUAUCGCAAGUUCUGUAACAAGGUGUUUAACGCAACCAAAUUUGCAAUGCUCAAACUAGAGGACUCUUUCGUUCCUGUGCCUCAGCCAAAGCCAACUGGUAACGAGAGCCUUGUGGAACAGUGGAUCUUGCACAAACUCGACAUAGCUUCUACCGAGGUUAACGCGCAACUUGCGGAACGUAAUUUCAUGUCCGCUACUAACGUUGUAUACAAUUUUUGGCUGUAUGAACUUUGCGAUGUCUACAUCGAAGCUAUGAAGCCUAUGACAGACGAGUAUGCUUCGGCAACCACUCGUCACUCAGCUCAACAAACCCUUUACACAUGUCUAGACCAUGGUCUACGUCUCUUACAUCCAUUCAUGCCUUAUGUGACCGAAGAACUCUGGCAACGGCUACCCCGCAGGCCAAAUGAUACAACACCGUCUAUCAUGGUGUCCUCAUACCCUGUGCAUGACCCCGAUUUUGUCUUCAAGGACGCAGAUAAACGAUUCGAUUUAGUUUUCACUGUUCUUCGUACUGGGCGAUCUUUAGCUGCUUCUUACAGCCUCCAAGGCAACAUUCAAUUCUUUAUACACGCAAAGUCUGAGGAGGAGGCCACAUUGCUCGAGUCUCAAGUUCCCACUAUCGUUACGCUGACGAAAGGGUGUACAAGUGCCAAAGUUGUUCGUGACGCAGAGAGCAUACCUGCAGGCUGUGGGAGCGCUUUAGUCACGUCGACGAUUGUUGUGCACACACUUGUAAGGGGUAACGUCGAUCUCGAUGUGGAAAUCGCUAAAUGCGAGAAGAAAUUGGCCAUUGCACAGAUGAGCUUGCAGAAAAUAACCAAGCUAGAAUCACAGUCAGACUAUGCGGCGACGGUUCCUGAAAAUGUUCGUACGGCGAAUGAUGAGAAGCGGAGAACAUUAGAAGCUGAGAUCUCAACCUUAGAAUCUUCAAAAGCGAUGUUUGCAGAUCUGAAAUAG